CUGACGAGCCCGUCCUCCAUGCUUCAUAAAGGGAGUGCUCGGCUGCCGUCGCGGACUCUGUCCAGGAAAGCCGGACGUUCUGGCUGGAUCGAAGGAGGCAGCGAGGGUCUGGGAACGGAGAAACCAUGGAGGUCCUGGUCCUGGUGGACUUUGAGGGGCAGCUGUCAGACGAGCUGAAGAUCUCCGCAGGCGACAUCAUCCGCCAAGUGCAGCCGGGCCCAGAGGAGGGCUGGCUGCGGGGCGAGGUGGACGGCAGGAUCGGGCUCUUCCCCCAACAGUUUGUACAGGAAAUCCCCUCCAGCCUCCGAGCAGACGGCACCCAGCGGUACCCGAGGUCUCUCCGCAGCACCCCUGCUGGGAAGAAACAGCCUGCCGGGAAAAGACCGCGCUGGUGCCGCGUCACCUUCCCGUACGCCCCCACCAAGGAGGAUGAGCUGGACUUGUCUCCGGGCGAGCUGGUGCAGAUCUUGGAGGAGAUUGAGGACGGCUGGUGGCUGGGCAAGAAGAAUGGCCGACUGGGAGCCUUCCCUUCCAACUUUGUGCAAGAGCUGAGCAGCCCCCUUCCAGACACCGCUUUUAUGGAGCCCAGAGGGGGAGCCGGCAAGCAGCGCCCCAAAAUGAGGGAGGAAACUUUUGUUCUCAGCGAGCCUAAAGAGCAGGAGAAGGAGAGAGAGAAGAAGGUGGUUGCCCCACAGACGGCGCAAGGGAGCUCCCCGGCUCAAGCCCCACCAACCCGUCAUGCCCCGUGGUACUGCCGAGCCAUGUUUGAUUAUGAGCCGGAGCACGAAGAUGAGCUGCAGCUUCGGAAAGGAGACCUGAUCAUCCUGCUGAGCAAGGAGACGGUGGACGUGGGAUGGUGGCAAGGAGAGACCCGUGGCAAACGGGGCCUCUUCCCGGACAACUUCGUCAUGCCACUGGCCACGGUGGAGCCUGGGAUCAAGAGCAAAGUGCCCGCACGGAAGACAAACCCAGGUGAGUGGCAAGCCCCUCUCUCCCGGGGGAGGGGGCAACUGUCAACCUAUUACGAUAAAGCUGCCAUGGCAGAGAAGAAGGUCCCCCAAGGCAGCAAAGGGGAUACCAAGCAUUCUGGAGACCCCAGAGAGCCCAAGGAGCAGAAAAGAGUGGACACCCCCAAGUUGCCUCCCGCUCCAGUGAAGAAGGCCGCUCCCCUUCCUCCUCCUCCUCCUGCUGUGCCAGCCAAGGCCAAGCCAGCCCCCAGCCUUCCCCACAAGUCUUUGGGCCCUCCUGCCUCCAGCACUGCCACCCCCGGGGGAAGAGGGAAAGGCAAAGAGACGGGAACUGAUACUUUGGAUGCCGUCCUUGUUCCGAGUGCCAAGCUGACCCACCCGACCACCAGCCGCCCCAAAAUGCCAGGGAAGAGGCCACCCAGCCAGCUGACGGCCGGUUCCCCGUUGCCCUCUUUCCCCAGCCGAGAGGCGCCUGAGGCCAUGACAGCCGAGGACGGACCGACAUCCCUGCAGGAUCUCAAGACGGAGCUCAAGUCCCUGAAGGCCCUCAUGGAUGUGAUGUGCGCGCAGCAUUGGAGCGAGAUGGAGGAGCUGAAGGGGCAGCUGCUCCACGAGCAGACCGAGCGGGCGACUCUGCAGGCAGACGUUGAGCGGCUGAAGCAGGCGCUGCCCAGGCCAGGGUCCCCGGAUCAGGCCUGCCAACAGCCCACCUUUGGCCGCCACGGGGCGGUGGAGCAGGAUGCUCUGAACGCUCCAUCCUCCACGGCUGCUGUCAAGGAGUAAAGAAGCAGCUCUGGGCCCUUUUGGCCUCCCUGAGAUCUGCUGAGGAGGAGAAAGGUGGCUGGAUGGCAAGGGAUGUCCGGGGGCCGGGCCGGUUCCCUUCACAGCCGCUUCCACUUCCUGCCGAUGCAUCCGGUGUGCAUCAACCUCUGGAACGUGCUCCGUACCAGCCCUGAUGGUCUGACCGCCGUCCGUCGGUAGUCUGUUCUCUUUGCCUCCGGAGCUGAAGCUGUGGGUGACCCUGCCUACCCUCUCUGGCCAGGUAGAUGGCUGGAAUACGGCAUGUCUGAACACCUGUCCCAGCUUCUCUGGCCCGUAGGGUGGAGUGCUCUUGCGAUCCCUGGGUGGCUCUGGAGCAUGCCAGGAAUCUCCCUGUAACCAUGUGUCCUGGUUCCUUCUCUGGGAAGCUGCUGCUUUGGAGAUGUGUGCCAGUUCUUCCACCUGUCUCUCUCCUCUCUGUCUGUCUGUCUUCAAGACAACAUUCUUGCUUGCUGCACCCUCUUUCUUCCUCUUACUCUGUCCCUGGGGAUUGUUCAGAGGGUAAAUUCCUCCUUAUUCUGUAAUCCUUAAACUGGGGAGAAAGUGUAUGUCGGGCUGGGUGGAGGUGGAAAGCCCUUACACAAAGCUAGUUGCUAACUAGAAUAUUUUGACCUCAGUCUCCAAGCUUUUUAAUGCAUUAAGUUUGUAAGUUUUUAACUUAAAAUAAAAAAUAUUUUUGUAU